AUGCCAGCUUUCAACAGCAGUAUCUUCACGAAAGCCAACUUCAUCCUUGUUGGCAUCCCCGGAUUGCGAGAAGCUCAUUUCUGGUUGGCCUUCCCACUGUGCUUACUGUACCUAUUUGCUGUCCUAGGGAACUGCACUGUUAUGUAUAUCAUUAAAGUUGAGCAAAGCCUCCAUGAGCCCAUGUACCUUUUCCUUUGCAUGCUCGCUGCCAUUGAUAUACUGAUAUCCACGUCCACCAUGCCCAAAAUGAUGGACCUAUUCUGGUUCGACUCUCUCACCAUUGAUUUCAAUGCCUGUCUCAUCCAGAUGUUUUGCAUCCAUUCUCUCUCCGGCAUGGAGUCCACCAUCUUGUUAGCCAUGGCUUUUGAUCGCUAUGUAGCCAUCUGCUGCCCCUUGCGGCAUGGAGCUAUCCUCACAAACUCCAGGAUAGCCAAGAUAGGACUGGCAGCAGUCAUUCGAGGAGCUGCCCUGAUGGCCCCCUUACCCAUUUUUAUUAAAAGGCUUCCCUUCUGCAGGUCCAGAGUCCUUUCCCAUUCCUACUGCUUGCAUCAAGACGUCAUGAAACUGGCCUGUGCUGACAUAAGGGUGAAUAUCGUAUACGGCUUAAUCGUGAUCAUUUCUGCCAUUGGACUGGACUCACUCCUGAUCUGCCUAUCUUACAUCUUCAUUCUCCGGGCUGCCUUCAGUUUGAGCCGGGAGGCACGGCUCAAGGCACUGGGCACUUGUAUCUCCCACAUCUGUGCCAUCUUCUUGUUCUACGUGCCAUUCAUUGGCUUGUCAAUGGUGCACAGGUUUGGGAACAUACACGGUUCAGUUGUCCAUAUAGUGAUGGCCAACAUGCACUUGCUGGUGCCCCCUGUGCUCAACCCAAUAGUGUAUGGGGUGAAAACCAAGCAGAUCCGUCAAAGGAUCAUGAGGCUGUUCCAAAGAGCAAGGAGAUGGGACCAUUCACCCGGCCAGGUGCACAACCGCUCUGAAAAACACUAG